CUUAUUCUUCUAGAUGCAACCGAUAGUUUAUCUUAUUCUCCGGUUCCUAUUUCUUUUGAAUGAUACAGGCUACACAGUAUGCUUUAAGUACUCAAAAAUCGAACGGGAACCAUAAAAAAAAAAAUCGAAAAGAAGAAGAUACCAUGGAGGCAUGGUACAUGGACGAAAGCUCUGAGGAUCAAAGACUUCCUCACCAAAAAAAUCCUAAUCAACCCGUCUCUCUGAACAAAUUAGCAGAUAUUGGGGUGUUACACUGGCACUUGAACCCAAAAGACUAUGAAAAUGAUAAGGAGUUGCAGAAUAUCAGGCAAACUAGAGGAUACAAUUACAUGGAUUUAUUAGAUUUAUGUCCAGAGAAAGUUGAGAAUUAUGAAGGUAAACUCAAGAAUUUCUUCAGAGAGCAUAUCCAUGCUGAUGAAGAGAUUCGUUACUGCUUACAAGGGAGUGGAUACUUUGAUGUUCGAGACAGCGAUGAUCGGUGGAUUAGAAUUUGGAUCAAAGAAGGUGAUAUGAUUGUUUUACCCGCUGGUAUUUACCAUCGAUUUACUCUAGACAAAGGAAAUUAUGUCAAGUUGAUGAGGUUGUUUGUUGGCGAGCCAGUGUGGACUUGUUAUAAUCGUCCACAAGAAGAUCAUCCAGCUAGAGUGGGUUACGUCAAGAAUUUUGUUGAUGAUAAUCAGCAGGGAGUGCCGCUGGAAGCUCAUUGAGUAAGCCUUUAGCUGUUUUUAUGCACAUCAUGUUCUCUAUAGUUGUCCUAUGUGUAUUUUAGACUCUAUAACUAUUAAGGCAUGAAGAGCCGAUAGUAUAAGAUACUGGAGCAUUGAUGACAAUAAGCAGGGAAUGGUGCUGGAAGCUCAUUGAGUAAGCCAAUACCGGUUUUUAUGCCCAUCAUGUUCUCUUUAGUUGUUCUAUGUGUAUUUUAGACUCUAUAAUUGAAGGCAUAAGAGCGAACAGUGUAAGUCAAGUUUGGUGCAUCUAUAUCAACUUAUCAAGCCUAUGUAUUUGUGUCGGGGAUGUUGAAUUUGGUGUCAGGAGACGAACCUACUCCUGAGAAUACUCCUAAGCUUGAACUGUUUACAUUCCUUGAGAAUAUAUUGUAGAUUAUUGGAUUUGUGUAUUCCAAUUGGUGUUCUCUUCGUAGAUUUGAGAAAUCACUUGUGAGUUUCACAACACUUGAUCACCAGAAUACAAACCCCUGUCAGGGUUGCUAUGGUAUAAAUUCUAAUUUCAUGUCUUA